AUGCUAGGAGUGUCCCGUUUCACGCAAGUGAGGGACGGGAUUCGAAGUUCUCUCCUACGUCAGCGAUCGAAGAUUAGAGACGCCGCCGCAUUUGCCAAGGAAAGUAAAAUAAGGUGGGCCGGACACGUGAUGCGCUUUAACGACAACCGUAGGACCGGAGCCGUGAGCGACUGGGUUCUCCGCGUUAUUAAGCGCACAACAGGAAGACCGCCGACCCGAUGGUCAGAUUUCUUCACGAAGUCCUUCAAAGAAAAGUAUGAUGCUCUUCGUGUCCCACGCGAAAGGAGGAACCACUGGGCUACUCUGGCACGCGAUCGGGACAAAUGGAAGAAUUACUGGAUCAGUUCGAAGAUCAACGGGAGUCAAGGAGAUCAAGGUGAUCAAUUUAAUACAAAAAUAGAAAACAAAAGUCAAUGGAAUUUGGAGAAAUCAAAACAUGGCAUCUUUCGAAGCAAAAAAAAUCUCGUUCAAGUCUCCCAUACAUUCUACUAA